AUGUUGGUAUGGGCUCAUCCCAAUCCGGACGACAUGGAAGGCAAGUUGGAUCGAUUGUUUUUCCAGAAUGUCAUGAUAUAUAUGAGCGAUGCUUUCGAAGGAAAGGAGAAGAUGAGUCUGAGCCACGUGAUGCUCAUGCAACACGUCACCGAGACAGCGUUGAUCAUGUUCCCAAAAUUGUGGUUGCUGGGUCCUUUGAGAUGGUGGAUUCCAUUGCAGCUUCAGGCUCUCGGCUCAGCGAUCGCCAGAUGGAGUGGGAAGAAGCCGCUAAUGGAAAAGUAUUCCUCCAAAGAGGAGUGGGAAAGCAUUCAGGAUCGCAUAGGUGGUAAACCAAAACGCGCUUGA